AUGGUCGGCAGGGCCAAGUCGGCGACCGUGCGAAGCGAUAGCGGCCACAAGGCGCGCUGCAGCCGUGUGGGCUCCUGUGUGAUGGGUGGGAGCAGCUCAAAUAACGUGCAGCGCCCCUCCGAGGGCGAGCCCGACGAGUGGCUUGCGGCGGCGGACGGCAGCUUCAGGCUCGUGAGCCCUUGCCGCGGCGGUGGGGCUGGCCCUCGCCUCACCCUGACGCUGGUGCGCGGGGCGGCGGGCGAGCCCUUCGGGCUCGACGUGACUUCGACCAACGUCGUCUCUCGAGUGAGAGAAGGCUCUCCAGCAGCCGCUGCGGGCGUGCGCGUGGCAGACGUCGUCUGCUCUGUCGCCGUGUCUGCAGCGCGCGAGGGGAGCAGCGGCGCGGCUGCAGCAGGGUGGCAGGGCAUCGUGGUCGACCUCGGAGGCGCGCGGGUGGUUGGCAAGCUCGCCCACGGCGCCGCAACGGACGCCCUCACGCUGACCGUGCUGCGCUGCGCGGAGGCGGAGGGCGGCGAUGGCGCGGCCAGAGGCUCUGGCAUCGAGACGAUAUAG